AUGUGUAUAAAAUUUUUUGGUGUAAUUUUUAUGGGUGCAUCUAAAUAUACAUCUUUUUUUACAUUAGAACAACAAUCUCUUAUUGAUUGGAUUCAAAAUACCGGACACAGUUUAGGAUAUAUCAUUGUCAUUAAAAGGUCAGAGACUAGUCUGAUCGGGAAGAGUCCUAGACUGUUGUUCCAAUGUGAUUGCGGUGGCACGUACAGAAGUAAGAAAACCUCCACAAAUGUUACAGGCACAAAAAAAAUUGAUUGUCCUUUCAGAUUGAAAUGGGUGAAAAUGCGAGCAGGUGAUGACUGGAUGGUAUGUGGAACACAUAAUCAUGCCCUUGCAACAUAUAUGGAGGGACAUCCAUACCCCGGUCAGCUCUCUGAAAGCGAAACCCAGUUGAUGGUACAUUUGUCUAUGAAAAAUGUGAAGCCACGAGAUAUUUUGACAUCGCUGAAGAAGCAGAAUCCGAACGUGUCUACCAUUAAGACGGUAUAUAAUGCACUCCAGAAAUUUCAAACCUCGGAGGAAGCCGGAUCAUUAGAGCGAUGGCGUGCAUUCCCACACGUGUUAUUGAUGGACGCAACAUAUAAAACAAACAGGUACAAGAUGCCCCUCCUUGAGAUUGUCGGCGUGACUGCAACUAAUAUGACAUUUUGCAUAGCAUUUGUGUUCCUGCACUCAGAAAAAGUGUUCAAUUAUACUUGGGCUUUAAGGUGUCUGCAGUCAACAAUGGCUGAAUGCACUGGUCCACGAGUUAUUAUCACCGACAAAGAGUCAUCAAUAACUGACAAUGAAAGUUGGAAUGCAUUCUACAAAAUGUGGACUAAGUUGCUGGAAUCUGAAACUGAGAAUGCUUAUGUGUGCAAUUUGACGGACCUUGAGGUAGUGUUUCAAAACUUUCCAGGUGUUAUUAAUUAUCUUAAGGAUGUAUGGUUGACACCGUAUAAGGAGAUGUUUGUAUCCGCAUGGACCGACAAAUAUCUACAUUUUGAAAACCAAACAACUAAUAGAGUCGAGAGCCAACAUGCCAAGUUGAAACGAUACUUGGAGUCAUCACAAUCAGAUUUGGUGACAUCACUGUCAUUUAUUCAUCACGUCAUCCAAUCACAAGACAUAGCUAUCAAAGCGAGUAUUGAGCAGAGCAAAACUAUCGUCCAACAUCGAUUCAAUAUCCCGCACUUCCAAAAAUUAUGUGGUUUCGUUUCAAUCCACGCAUUACAUCUGAUUUUGAAGGAAUUUGAGCGAUCUAAGAAUGCCGGAGAAGUUUCCUACAAAUGCGGAUGCCAAAUUCGUACGAGCUAUGGACUGCCAUGUGCGCAUGUGCAAGCAAUAUAUUUGAAAGAUGGUCGGCCCAUACCAAUUAAUUUCAUAGAUAAUUUUUGGAGGAAACUUGGCUUAUCACCGUGUGUGUCUCUGCAAGAAGAUGACAUCGAUUGUGUGGUCGAUCUACAAACGAACACUCGUGGACGCCUCUGCUCGAAGAAAAAAGUUGCAUCAAAUACUCGUGCUAAUCCGUCUGCAUUACUGUUCGUUGAGUCUGAUUCCCCUCAUUCUCGGGAACCAUGCAGACACAGUUAUUCAUUUGGAGGCCCUGACUUGAAGAGUAGGGAAGACAUAUCCACUCGUGCUAAUACGACUACAUUUGAGUUUGUUGAGCCAGAUAUUUUUCAGUUUCAGGAACCAGCGAGACACAGUUGCUCCUCUACUUACAACUACUCUGUACAUGCCUAUGUUCGUCAGUUUCCACCUAUACUUAAUCCUUACAUUAUGCAUGUACAAGACGUAAAACCUGAUGGAAAUUACGGCUUUCGGGCAAUAGCUGUCUGUCUUGGUCUUCACGAAGAUGCAUGGGCAACUAUCCGAUAUAACUUAAUUGAAGAGUUACACAUAUUCAGGACACAGUAUGUUGCAAUAUUUGACAGUGAUGGCCAGUGGACUCGUGUUACGCAUGAAAUGGAACAUGGAUCCUGUGAAAGUUCAUUUGUAGGGAGGUUGAAAGUUUAUGACACGUAUUUUAAGGAAGAAUAA